AUGAACAAAACACCGAAGCUGACAAUGAAGGAAAGAGACAGCUACAAAGACAAGAUCACGAAGGAUAAACAAAAACCCAAGAAAAAAGCACCACUUAAUUUUGGCGACUUGAGUACUUCACCUACUGCCCUCUCCAUGACGCCGUCUCGACACCCCAACACCCCCAAGACUCCAUCACGAGAACAGCCAACCAAAUUCGAACAACCUCCCACAGCGCCGGGAGAGACACGAGCGAUGUCUAACAACACAUCCCAAAGGAAGAAUUGGAAUCCGUUCACAUACAACUCGCAAGACCUUCCGGUCUUUUCAAGCAGUAAUCCUGUUGACCCGCCCCGUGCAGGAGCCAAUUCCAGCUUUCGGUCUUCCGCCUCGGAGCGCUCUCGAACAAGCGACACGGAAAGAUCUUAUUACAGCGAUGCAUUCAAGAUUAAGACACUUGAGCAAUGUCUAUCCUUGAAAGAACGAUAUCUAUCCAUGCCUCCCGCGGCACACGCCGAUCAAGAACCUUUUUGGAGCCGAGUACUGGAAAUGCUGGAGCGAAUGCCACUUACCAAAGGCAAAUUUAAAGAGUGGAAAGAAGCACACCGAGCUGUUGAGAAUUGGUGCCAAGUUCGGCGUUCCUACCUCAAGGAGAACAGAUUGCCCGCGGUAUCGCAAGCACAGCCUGAACUCGAAACCGCCAUAGACCAAUGGAACUUGGUCUUUGCGCGGCGGUUUUGCAAGAUACACAGUGGAUACUUUACAAACACCAUACUGCCUGAGUUUGUAGAAGACAAACUGAAGGAAACGGUCAGAAAUGAGGUGGACGGAUGGAUCGCCAACAGUUUGAAGGAGCGUCGUGACGAACUACAGAGGCUUUCUCAACCUACCUUUCUCCCGAGUCAUAGCUCCUUGAAGGACUGUGACAACGCUAUCAAGGAGCUACAGACUCAGUUUAAGGCGGCCCAGACAGAUGAAAGCCAAACGCGUGAGUCGGAAGUUGUCAUGUCGAUGGUCUUGAAGCUCCAGCCAGGGCUGCGCACUGCCAUCUCGCAGUACUUGGAUGGUCAAACUGGAGUUGCAGGACGUACGGAACCUGAGGGUAAUCAGCAUGAUAGCGAGUUUGCAGACUCGCGAGAGCGCAUUGGCUGUAAUAUUCCUUCAAAUGGGCCUUCUGUGCGAGGGUCAGCUCCUCCAGCAUCUGUAGCUCGCCAGACAAUUCCAACACCUCCAGCAUCUGUGCCUUCUACAGCACCCCGCAGCACUACAAGUUCUAAUAAUCCGACAGCUGGGGUCAAGAGCGAGCUUUUUGAGAAGAGCGAGGGGAAUUCUUCAAAGAAGAGGAAAGAUUCAGAUCUUCCGAACCGGAAUACUGCAAGCUCUAGGAAAGCGGAAUCUGAGAACGAAAACAUCCCGAAAACUAUGUCACACAACGAAGCAAAGCGACCGCGCUUAGAUGGCGGCCCUGGCGAUGUGCCUACCGCGGCCGACCUCAGACUAAAAGGCAAGAGCUAUGGAAACAAUGUGACCGAAUGGCGAGGACCUCAGAUGCACGAUAAACUACCCCCGCCACGAUCACCCCCUUGGAGGCGAAACGCCCCCACUGGAUACCGCAGUGAUGGCCGUCGCAGCCCAGAAAGAUCUCACCCUCCUCGGUACGACCAGUAUCGUGAAAACCGACCACAAGAUCACUACAGGGAGGGCCGAUACCAAGACUCUUACAGACCACCGCCCAGAGCAAUGCGCGAGACUACGGCCGAUUUCGAAGGGAUGACGAUCCAACAACAAAACAUGUCCCUACUUCGACAAAUCAAGAGGGUGCAAGAUAUGGUUGAGAAGAAAAAUUGA